AACGAAGUCAUUUCAUUUUUCUGCUUUCUUUUCUAAAAAUAAUAAGAGCCAAACAAACAAGCAAUCGAGUAGAAGCAAAGCAAAUUCCAGAAUAAGAAUCAAGCUCUAUUCUACAUUCAAUUCAAGUGGUGAUUGUAAUUUAUUAGUACCACAAUUUGGAACACAAAAGAUUUUCUCUCUUCUUUUCUUUUUUUCUUUUUUUUUUUCAUUUUUCAAAAGUCGCCAUGGCAGAAGAAUUUCAGCUAGGCAGAGGAAACUGGUGGGAAUCAUCAACAUCUUCAUCAACAACAACAUCAUCGUCUAGGAAUAAGUUUAUUGAGAGUGGAAUAUCAUUAUGUACUACGCCUUCAGCAUCCAGUACCACACUAGGUAGCAUGGGAAGCAACUUUGUUUGGCCUACAGAAAUUGAGGACAUUAAGGCAAGAUCCGAUAAUAGUUCUAUGGUUUUUCCGGCUGAUUCCCAAAGGAGUUACACCACUGAAUCUUCCAUAGGUGGUGGAGGCGGAGGCGGAGGCGUAGGACGAGGUGUUUUAUCUGCUAAUCAUAAUUUGCAAAUGAUGGGCUUAGGGUUAUCACCUCAAGGACUUGAUUGGAACCAACCUUUCUUCAGAGGUGAAAAAUCUGGGAGUGGUUUUCGUUCUAUACUUCAAGAAGGUUUGAGUUCAAAUGCAAAUUAUCAGCAGGAAGGAACGUGUCAUGAACAAGAUCAUAAUUGGAGUACCACGCAAAAAAUAUAUCAUGGGAAUUCUGAUGAUUCUUCAGUGAAUGAUUAUAAUAAACAAAUUAUGAACCGGGGCAUUUCUUUAGAUCAUCAAUCACAAGUAUUUAGUGGUCACAAUCUUGAAAAUUCAGCAGCUUAUGGAAGUCCUUCAAAUAUGUUACAAGGGCUAUUAAUUUCUGAUAAUAGUCAGCAGCAAGAAUCCAAUCAUUUUACAAGUGCUAGUAGAUCGUUAUAUUAUAAUCCUUCCUAUAAUAACCAAUCAAAUUGUGAUGUCAAUAUUCCUCCAACAUCAGUUGAUGCAAUGCCUACUUCUUCUUCUUCAUCUUCUUCAUGGUCUAAAUUUCCUCAAUUCCUCCGAACAUCGGACCCUCCGAAACAGCAGUGGCCGCUGCCACAGCCGCCGCCUCACGGCCAAUCAUCGCAUUUCUCCGGUGGCACUCCUUUCUGGAAUGCCACGUCAGCUGCCGCGAACGAUGUCCGAUCAAGUUUCAUCCCUUCUUUACAUCCGCAACUUGCCAAUCCAAUGGUUGAUGAGAAACCAAAGCAUACAGCAGAAGUUAGGAAUAUAAGCACAAUAGCAAAGAAAGCUAACAGUACUGAAACAUCAAAUAAGAGACCGCGGAAUGAAGCGCCAUCUCCAUUGCCAGCUUUUAAGGCGAGGAAAGAGAAAAUGGGAGACAGAAUCACUGCGCUUCAACAAUUAGUCUCGCCUUUUGGAAAGACUGAUACAGCUUCUGUGCUCUCCGAAGCGAUCGAGUACAUAAAGUUCCUCCAUGAACAAGUUAAUGUCUUAAGCACACCAUACAUGAAAAGUGGAGCUUCCAUGCAGCAGAGUGGUGAUAAAUCAAAUGUGAAUCCAGAGGGAGGAAAGCAAGAUCUUAGAAGUCGAGGAUUAUGUUUGGUCCCAGUUUCUAGCACCUUUCCUGUAACUCAUGAAACCACAGUUGAUUUUUGGACUCCUACCUUUGGAGGAACUUUCAGAUAAAUCAACAGGCCUAGACAACAAGCCAACAACAGAUAUAUAUUACACAAAUUAUUCCACUAGAAGUCAUCCCUAAUCGAAUUUAAGUUAUAUACACUGUCAGUUUAAUAGAUCUUUACAUCAUUAGGUCAUCUAUAUCUAUUAUAGCAGGUGAACUGUCUUAUUUUCAAGAUUGUAGAUCUCACAUUAUAAGAAGACUUACCUGUA